AUGCAGUUGUUUCGGAAAACCGUUCUCCUCUUUGGUCACUCUGGAGCGCUCGGAGGCGCAGUGGCAGACGCCUUUGCUGCGGCGCGAUGGCGCGUGAUUGGCUGCGGGCCUCGUGCGCUGCCGGAUGCUAAGAAAAUUGCAGGAACGGGUCUAUUCUCAAACGGCGAACAACCGUCUCCCCCCCACGAAACGAUUGAGUUAAAACCCUCAGACUUCAACUCCUUGCAAGCGCAGGGCGAGUACCUUGCCCGAGAACUGCAGCCGUUGCUGGCCUCCGGGCCUCCGCUGCAUGCAGCGAUUUGCUGUAGCGGCGCCUUCGCGUGCAGUCCCGUGUCUUCGGAGGCUUUCCUCGCAGAAACAGAAAGGCUCUUCCAGGCAAACUGCCUCCCGGCCCUCCUCUGCGCCCACACCGCCGCGGUGCUCUUCCGGAACCGCCAAGACACCCCACAGACUAGCCAAGACACCGUGCCCCCGCUGGUUGUCUUGACCGGCGCAGCGGCAGUGUCUUCGCAUCCGCCCGCGCCGACUCCCGGGAUGAUUGGCUACGGUUGUGCGAAGGUAUUUGUGCAUCAUCUGGUGCGUUCCCUCGCGGCGACGCAGGUGGAAAAAGGUUUCCUGGGCGCGAAGGGAGGUGCGGAUUCCCCAGGAGAGCCGCAGAGCCCACCCAUCGAUUUCCGAGUCGUCGGCAUCCUCCCCACAGUGCUUGACACUCCUGCAAACCGCGACUGCAUGCGCGAUGUGCCGGACGAAGAGAAAGAAAACUCGUGGACGAAAGUUGAGGAAAUUGCGGAGAAGCUGGUGAAGUGGGCCGACGGCGAGGAGGCCGUCGAGAACGGCGGACUGUAUGUGGUCAGGACAGAGAAAGGAAAGACAACCUUUCUUGUGCCUCCCGAGGCGUAA